AUGGAUCAAAGUCCAUUAAUUCCUUCAGCUUUAAAGUACCUAACAAUAGUUGGUAUUCACCCAAUCAUCAAAGACAAACUAAGAUAUUUAAGGAUUUUAAUUUUUUUGAUGUGUUGUUACGCCUCGACGAAAUUAUUAACAACCCAAGUUAUUUUAAACGUUGAAGUUAUGGCUGAAGCAAUGAUUGGAUUCGUCGGAUUUUAUCAAAUGUUCGCAAAAUAUUUCAUGUUACUCGUCGAUGGAAAAACUUACGCAAACUUAAUAAAAUCAACCGAAGCUUUUUGGCCUUUAGAUAUUUUUGGGGAAGAGUGCAAAAAUAUAGUUUCAAAUAUCCACGCUCAAACCGCGAAAGGUUUCAAAACGAUGCUAAUCUUGCUUUUUUUAACAUGUUUUACGUUUUGUAUUAAACCUUUGGUGAUGAUUCAAACUUUAUCGAUUCCUUGGCACACGAUUUGCGAUAGUAACAAAAGCCACACUUGUUUUUACUUAAAUUAUUUUAUGGAAGUACUCGGUUUUAUAUUUAUGUGUGUAACAAUCAGCGGUUUUGAUGGAUUAUUUUUUGGGUUCUUAACAAUGGCUUAUUGUGAAUUAGAAAAAAUUAAAUAUGGUAUAAACAACCUUAAAGACGUUAAAAAUGGGGUUAACGACCAAAAAGCUUUGAUGGAUCGAGUUUCUAUGUUGGUUUACCAACACAAUCUUGUUCUAAAAUUUAUUAAAGACAUCAACACGGUUUAUUCAACUCUGAAUAUGAAUCAAAUGAGUGGAUCAGUUGCUUCGGUUUGCAUUGGAAUUUACACCAUCGGAACUGGGAGGAUGGCUAAAAGUUAUUCGUUAGCUGCGAAUUAUUGCGUUUAUUUUAUGACUUUAACAUUACAAAUUUUCACGUAUUGUUUAGCGGGGGAAAAAAUUUCAGAACAAGCUAAUAGUUUAGCACAUGCAGCUUUUGAUUACGAUUGGCAUCUUGAGCACAAUAAUAAAUUUACUAAAUCGCUGUGUAUGAUUAUCAUGAUGGCACAAUCAAAAGUUGAGUUAGUUGCUGGAUUAUGGAUUUUAGAUUUAAAUAUGUUUCUAAAGAUGAUGCAAGCUGCUUUUUCACUUUUCACUUUAAUGCAAAGUUUUCAAGAAUAA